AUGUCUGAUUUCGACAAGUACUUAACACCAUUGUCAGCUCGUUAUGCCUCCAAAGAGAUGUCAGGAAUCUUCUCCAUGAGAAACAGAUUCUCGACAUGGAGGAACUUAUGGCUUAACUUAGCCAUUGCUGAAAAGGAAUUAGGCCUUGAUGUCAUUACUGAUAAAGCUAUUGCUGAAAUGAAGGAACAUUUGACUAUCACCGAUGAGGAAAUUGCACAGGCAUCUGCUCAAGAAGCUAUUGUUAGACAUGAUGUUAUGGCUCAUGUUCAUACCUUUGGUGAAACUUGUCCAGCUGCCGCUGGUAUCAUCCAUUUAGGGGCUACGUCUUGCUUCGUCACUGAUAAUGCCGACUUGAUCUUUUUGAGAGAUGCUUACGAUGUUAUAAUCCCCAAAUUGAUUAAUGUUAUUGACAGAUUAUCUAAAUUUGCCCUAAAUUAUAAGGAUGUUCCAGUUCUUGGUUGGACUCAUUUCCAACCAGCCCAACUGACAACUUUGGGUAAAAGAGUUACACUUUGGAUUCAAGAUUUACUCUGGGAUUUGAGAAAUUUCGACAGAGCUAGAAACGAUAUUGGAUUACGUGGUGUUAAGGGUACUACAGGUACUCAGGCAUCUUUCUUGGCCUUGUUCCACGGAAACCACGACAAAGUGGAGGAGCUAGACCAAAGGGUCACUGAACUACUGGGCUUUGAAACUGUUUACCCAGUAACAGGUCAAACUUACUCCAGAAAAAUCGACAUUGAUGUGUUGGCUCCUCUUGCAUCGUUUGCUGCCACUGCUCAUAAGAUGGCCACUGAUAUUAGAUUAUUGGCUAACUUGAAAGAAGUGGAAGAACCAUUUGAGAAGACCCAAAUUGGUUCUUCUGCUAUGGCCUACAAGAGAAACCCAAUGCGUUGUGAACGUGUUUGUUCAUUGGCAAGACACAUGGGAUCUCUUUUCAACGAUGCUGUACAAACUGCUUCAGUGCAAUGGUUUGAAAGAACUUUAGAUGAUUCCGCCAUUAGAAGAAUCUCUCUACCAAGUGCGUUUUUAACCGCCGAUAUUCUUUUGUCUACUCUAUUGAACAUUUCUUCUGGUAUGGUGGUUUACCCAAAGGUUAUUGAAAGAAGAAUCAACAGUGAAUUGCCAUUCAUGGCUACUGAAAACAUUAUUAUGGCAAUGGUAGAAAAGGGUGCAUCUAGACAAGAAGUCCACGAAAAGAUCAGAGUCUUGUCUCACCAAGCUGCCGCUGUCGUCAAGGAAGAAGGUGGUGACAACGACCUGAUCGAACGUGUCAAGAAUGACCCAUUCUUUAAACCAAUCCAUACCCAAUUGGCAACAUUGUUGAACCCAUCCACAUUUGUCGGUAGAGCACCACAACAGGUAGAGAAAUUUGUUGGUAAAGACGUUAAGAAAGCUUUACAACCUUUUGAAAAGCACAUUAAUGAUGUUGACGUCAAACUAAAUGUUUAA